CGAAAGUAUCCAUAACCUGUUGGUGUUAUCGUUUUUGUACGUUGAUAAGAAAUUCGAAUAUGGCAAAUAAAUUCCAUUUCUUUUGCUCUCCGUUAUAAAUCUGUUAUUUUUAAAUUUAGGGAGAAUUUUGGUGCAUCGAAUGCAUCGAACUGAAAUUAAGAAAGUUGUGUUGUGUUGUUUCGAUCAGUUUUCGUUUGAUUUGUGCCUUAUGGAAGAGUUCGUUUUGUAACAUAAUUGACUGUCUUGUUGUGGUAUUUUUUCAACAAAUGCAUAUUACCGGCAUAAGUCUAAUUCAGUCGUAACUCCUAGUCUAAUACUCGUAGAUUCAUUGAGAUUUGAUUCGAUAUUCAGCCCGUGAUUGAUCAUUCGAUAUGUCCGCCAAUCAAACAAACAGCAGAAAUAACAUCGACAAUCAAGAAGAUCGUUUUGUGUACUGGUAUCAAGUGCCUAGUUUGCAAGAAAUAGCGUCACAUGCGGUAACUAAAGCGAUAUGGCUCCACGAUACAGAUGCCCACAUUGUCAAAGAGGAACAAAGUUAUUGUUAUUGUAUCGAUAAGUUCUAUUCCGAAGAUCGCGAUUUUUUUCUGAAACGCUCUCUAAAUCUGAUACAGCAUUUGAAAGUUCCUAGUUGUAUUGAAGAUAUGCUCAGAAAUUUCCUAAGAAACAUUAACCAACAGGCUUUAUCUUGGGGAGAUUAUCUACGUGAAACUACAAUGAAGCACCAAUAUAUUACAAGUGAUUAUGAAAUCCGCCAUAUUGAUCCGAAUUGGUGUGUUUGGUCUUGGAAUGGUGAAAUUGAUUUUCGAAAAAGCAUGAAAAAGAUGCUGGAAUUCGGUGAUCUGACUGAGUAUCAAAAAUUUUUCUUUAUGGCUGAAUUCUGCAUGGAAGAUGAAAUCAAAACAUUCUCAUUGGAUUCGCUUCCCCCCGGAAUCAUUUCAAAAGUGGGUUAUGUUAGCUGCUGCGGAGCUUGUUUCUAUUGGAUUUGUUACCUUAAAAACGAACUCCGUAAAAUACCUGUAGGAAAUCACGGUUCGGUGAACUUGACCAUGGCUGCGUUUUAUUCUAAUUAUACGUUUACCACUGAAUACUUCUGGAAUCGUUCGAAUGACGAUGAUCAAAUUACAAUUGCGAGGGAUUGGAUCCUUAAAGAAAAUGAGCCAGACGUUUGUUUGAGGUACUACACUCUUUUGCAAUGCGUUCUUUCUAAAAUGUCGUGGCAACAGCAACAACGUCUGUUGUCUGGAAGGAACUUCGAAAUCAAAAUCAUAAUCACUUUAGCUGGUUCUCCUUCUACAUCGCAAUGUGCUCUGUGGGCAUGGAGAAAUUCCAAAGAUAAGAUCACUGCAAAACGAUUCAUUGAGCUUAUCAAUCAACUGCUUCGUAAAUAUUACGACCAUUGGGAAACAGCUUCUACAUUAACGAUUUCGUUAUGUGAGAUUUGGGAUACUGCUUCUGAUUAUCAGAGAAAUUAUGCGAUUCAAACAAACUCGGACUAUAUCAUUUGCGAGUCUCUUCAGCAUCGUUGUUUACCAUUCUUACACAAAUUUUUACAUCUUAUGCCCUUGGAGGAUAGAAAAACAUGGAUUUUCAACAGAAGUGAUAGUUACAUUGUUUAUUUGCGUGAGGCUGGCAUUAUAGAUAUUUUUUUGCCACGUUCUGAUGACCAACUGACAUUUAGAAAAUUUGUAGCCGAUUCUGAAAACUUUAGACUGAUUUUACAAUGCUCACUCAUUCAAUUACAUUUUGAUAAAAUUGAUGAAUUAUUCAAAUGUUACGUUUCACCAGAUACAAGUGUAGUUCGAGUACUCAAACAAGAAUUGUUGAUGGAGGAAUCUACUCGAUGUAGGUUCACAUCAUUUAUUACCGAUAUCAACAGAUGGAACAGAUUGAGCACAUUUAUUGACGAAAUUUUCGAAUCUGAUUCAGUAUUAGCGUUGAAGGUGAAGCAACAGUUCAUUACAGCUGUGGCUGUCACCAUUGUUGAGCCUUGGAAGUUCGACAGUUUCAAGAUGGGUUUCGAUAAUUUAGUGAAAAUUGUUGAAAUGACGUUUUCGAACAAUGAACUGAGAACUGUGAAACGUUUGUUUUCUGGUUAUCAUCGCCAGUUACGUGCACGUUGUGAGGAUGCUACGACUAUUGUUGAAAUUACUGUGAAGUUUGACACUGUAUUUCAUUCGAGCUUUCAGCAAUGGUGUUCGAUAGAUGACGACCUAGCUGAUCAGCAACUGUUCGCUCAUUAGUCACUAUACAUACCUAUACAUAUUUUAAGAGAUUAUUGAAUUUUGUAAUAAUUAUAGUAAACUGCUGAAAUGAAAAUAGAAAUAAUGUACCGAUUGACAGUUCAUCUGUAAUAAUAUUAGAGGUUUUGAUUUUUUUCAUUCUGAACAGCUAAUGAAUAAAACCAGAGUUGUUAUUAGAUCAAGUACCUAUACUUGGGCCUAAUUUUUUAUUUUAAUAAAUUGUUUCUCUCGACGCAUUCAGGAAUAAAUUUUUUUGCUUUAGUUAAAUUUUAAAUGUAAUCUAUGUGGUUCCUAAUAGAUCUGUAUAGUGUGUAGUGUGUACCUACCUACCUACCUAUGUAUUAGUUUUAUUCGAAGUCCUUUCCUUCACAACUGUAUUCAUUUGCAAUAAAAAUUUAAAACGAA